CAGUGAUCAAAUUCCCUUUAUUCCCCUCCAGCUGCGUUCUAGUUUUCUUCAAAGACUGACCACGCGAGCCCAUCCCCGGACCCUAUACGACCAUCGCCUUUACCAUUCUUUGUUCCUGCAGACAAUGCCCCCAUCGGCCGUGUCGUGUGCACAGUCUAGACUCACCAUGACGUAGCCUCAGCUGUAGCUUUCUCAGCCUGCGCCUCGCCUAAUCGUCUAAUCACCCAACAACCACUAUCCACCUGCCUCACCACCACUCGCUUUCGCUAUCUUGAACCUUCUGUCUACACUCACGACAAACCAUCUCAUCAGACGCAACGAUUUAUUAAUGACUUGUCAUCACGCAGCGGCCUCCUCCCCUCCCUCCAUCGGCCCUUCGACCAACAUGUCGGCCGUCGCGACCGCUUCGAUAAAAACACCUUCACAUUCUCAUACGCACUCAAAGUCACAUUCACAUUCACAUUCAAAUUCACAUUCAAAUUCACAUUCAAAUUCACAUUCAAAUUCACAUUCAAAUUCACAUUCGCACUCUCACUCUCGAUCAUCUCGUCCUUCGACCACGCCACGAGCACAACCCGCUGUUGCCUCUGUUGGCCAAUCUUUACCACCGCUCCUCUCACCCAAGGCUCAACUUGCACCCCACGCAAAAGACCCCAAGAGUCCGAGUCCCAGCUACUUUGGUUUUGUUGUGGGUGGCGAUGAUUCAAUACCACCCGACUCAAAUCCUGGCGCUCAUGCUCGUCAAAACUGGACAUUUGGCAAUUCCAGUGUCCAGAGUGGUGUGCCGACCCCUCGUCACCUCCCGGUAGAGGCCAAUCCAGAUUUCGAGGCUUUUCGCAGGCAAUCGGAGCACAAUCACCGCUUCUCAUUGAAUACAGCCUUCAAUAGACCUACACAAUCGAGAACAACUUCCGCUUCCACUACACGUACUGAAGCAGCGUCUCCAUUGACAAAGAAGCCAGAUUCAGAUCGGCAGCCGAAAUCAGAAGAAGGUCCCACCCCACAAGGCACCAAGACUGGCGAGGCUUCAUUCUUCGACCUUCCGAGACAACAGUCACCUGUCGCUUUCAACGCAUUUCAUAGUGUGGCAGACCAUCAGCAUGCGAGACUUUCACUGCCCAGCAAUGGACUUCGAACACCACCGUUCAACACUACCAAGCAGACUUCGCGCUCCGAAACUCUACCCUCGUCUGGGCAAAAAGAUACACCGCCUCUAAUGUCCCCGGUCCAUAUUGCAGGAAUAUUGACCAACGAAUCCAAUAUUGUCCUCGUCCUCGACCUGAGGGUGUAUCAGCAAUAUGCUACGGCAAGAAUACAAGGCGCGUUGAAUCUAUGUAUACCGACCACUCUGCUAAAACGACCCGCAUACAAUGUCCAGAGACUGGCUGAGACAUUUGCCUCGGAUCGAGAUCAAGAGGUCUUCUCAAGAUGGCGCGAGUGUACUCACAUCGUUGUCUAUGACGCGAAUUCCAGCCUGCCCAAGGAAGCUGUCACCCCUUUGAACGUGCUGAAGAAAUUCACUACCGAGGGUUGGACGGGCACAGGAUUGGUUGUUAAGGGCGGCUUUCUUGCCUUCCAGAAACAGGCAGCUGACUUGGUCGACUCUGGACCGGUUCAAUCAGGAGCCGGGUCAACUACGCAACCACUAUCAAUAUCCGCCCCGACGAAAGAUGCCGUUCCAGUGGCUGGAGGCUGUGCUAUGCCAACCACAAAGUCAGCUGCCAAUCCCUUCUUCGGCAACAUCCGCCAAAAUAUGGACCUGCUUGAUGGUGUUGGACAGAUGCCCAUCAAAAGGCCCAGCAAUAUGUCAUCCGAGGUCGAGGGCACGCUACCUGCUUGGCUCAAGAGAGCGUCGUCCAAGUCUGACGACGGCAAGUUGGUGUCAGAUCAAUUCCUGAACAUUGAAAAGUCUGAGCAAAAGCGUAUGCAGGACGCUCUUAGUGUUCAAGUGUCAUAUGGAACGCCAAAAGCAGAGAUGCCUUCCAAGAUAGAAGUUGCAGGGAUUGAAAAGGGGUCCAAGAACCGAUACAACAAUAUUUUUCCCUACGACCACACGAGAGUGCGACUGCAAGAUGUUCCAAAUGGUAGCUGCGACUACAUCAAUGCCAGCCAUGUCAAAGCUGAGUACUCGAAUCGACACUACAUCGCCACACAAGCUCCUAUACCGGCGACGUUCAACGACUUCUGGCGUGUGGUCUGGGAACAAGACGUCCGUGUCAUUGUCAUGUUGACGGCAGAGGCUGAAGGUGGUCAAGUCAAGAGUCACGUGUAUUGGAAUGCAGGAGAAUAUGGCCCGCUCAAGCUUAAGCAGCUCUCCGAACGCCGGGUCAGUCUGGAGUCCAAGACUUCGGCGCCUCGAACGCCUGCGUCAAGCAGACCAUCGCUCGGCCCUAGGAGGUCGACGACUGCCAACAUUCCCACCCGAGAAGAUGUCAAAUCUCCUACCACGAGAACACCUAGCGCCGUGGUACGCCACUUUAGCUUGAGUCACGCUGCCCAUCCCUUCCAACCCAUGCGGGAAGUCACUCAGGUUCAGUACGAGGACUGGCCUGAUUUCGGUGCUCCAGCCAGCCCGAUGGAAUUGCUCGGUUUGGUAGAACAAGUCAACAAGUAUGUCCGCGGGUCGUCGAGUCCUUCGUCGGUAGUGGGACCGGAUGAAGCAGCCCCAGCAGGCUCACGGCCUAUCAUAGUUCACUGCAGCGCAGGCUGUGGACGAACCGGAACAUUCUGCACUAUUGAUUCAGUCAUUGACAUGCUGAAGAAACAAAGAAUCUCGCAUGAGGGUGGUGAUGAUAAGAUGGACGUUGACGGUGGAGACUGGGUCGAUCGAGACGAUGUUGACCUUGUGGCCAAGACUGUGGAUGACUUCCGACAUCAACGAUUGAGUAUGGUGCAGAAUUUACGGCAAUUUGUUUUGUGUUAUGAGAGCAUUUUACAGUGGCUUGUCCAGCAGGAAGGUUCUGAGCGUCAGAAGCGACCGAGCCUUCGCGAUCCUAGACGGAGUUAUGGUUGAUGACACGGAUGACAGGGUAGCAUAGCAUAAUGGAAAGGUUGGGUCAACGGUACGGAGCUACUGCAUAGCAUGACGGACUUGCUGGUGGGUUUUGCAUUGAUAAGGUAUAGGGAAUACUUCGUAGUGUCAUUGACAAUUGACCUCUGCUUCGACUUGGUAUUUAUUCUAAUGUCGAUGGCCAGCGAAAUGGUUCAUGGUGUUGCUGUUGAUGAGAUUCCAUAGAGCUUCACAGGUUGGCGAAUUCACCACUUGGCAGCACAGCACAGCACAUUGUCUUUUUCAACGUCCUGGUGGGUGGGCGUAGUGGAUGCCCAGGACAUGGGUUUAGUUGAUGAAAAAUGUCUUUAUUUUU